UCACGCAUCUUUGCAUGUUUUCUGCAUGUUGUCAUUGACGUGAGGGGGAAAAACACGCAUCACCCUCGCGAUAAGAAUUUUGCACACGUUGCGUGACGUUUCAUAGCCGAACCACUUGAAGACGGAGGUGUCCCCGGAGCCAGGACGCACUGCCGAGGUGUGGAGAGGUUCGUGUCCUAAAACCAGACAAUAACUCGAUCAUCUCACCCGGCGGCGGGCGCUGUGUCCGCGUUAAAAAAACAAAAAACACCCGUGCUGCGACCGUUUGCUCCAUUUCCCCGCCGCUGUGGCACAUCCACCGUGCGCGCUGCCACCUACACACGAAAAGUAGCUUGAUGAGUGUCCAAAGUAGUGGAAGUUUGGAGGGGACGCCAUCUUUGGUCCCAGCUCUCCACGUCCCCAACACGGACCGUGUGUUCAGCAACAAACCGCGGCGGUGGUGAAGGCCCCGGGAAGGUACCGUGAACCGUUUUGAAACGCUUGUGUCUUUUCCCUUUCGCCCCUGUGGCUCAUUGUGCGCCGGACGCCGGGGAAUUGCCCCUAAAAAAAAUGGAGCGUGGAAAAUGUUUGUGUGGCGAGAACCAGCUUCGCUAGCUAACGAUACAGAGAACGCGUCGGCUCCAAAGUCCAUUGAGCCUGUUUGGCUAGCUCGUAGCACCGAGGACAACAGGACCGUGCUCCCGAGCCCAGGCCACCGCACUAACCCCGGGACGUGUAUAUACGUGCGUAAUGGCGAUAAAACGAGCUUUACAACGGGGGGAGGUUAGCGCUGGAGUCGGUGCAUCUUUCUCUAAAGCACGCUGCCGUUAGGAGAGCCAACACUAGUCAAGUUGCCCGAAAGACGAACAAGAUCGAUACAUGCGAGCAGAGAUGUCGGGCACCAUGGAGGAGCUGAACAGCCUGGACCCCCGGAGACAGGAGCUGCUGGAGGCACGCUUUAUGGGCGGGGUCAGCGGCAGCACAGGGGGCAGCACUGGCAGCAUGAGCGGGGGAACCAAAGGUUUGACCAAUAAUGAAUGUUCCAAUCACAGUUUUGGAAGUCUGGGAUCUUCAAGCGACAAGGAAUCAGAGGGCUCAGAUGUGAAAAGAGGCAGCUCUCCAGCCUAUUCGACCCCAGAGAAGAAACAACCAGAAACUCCAAGAGGCAGAAAAAGGAAACCUGAGAUCCAAUCAGAGAGCAGCCAAGGAAAAACCAUUGCGCGAGGACCCAAAAUAAGUGAUUAUUUUGAUUUCCAGGGAGGAAAUGGGUCCAGUCCUGUGAGAGGUCUGCCACCAGUGCUUCGAUCGCCCCAGAACUCACAUUCCUACUCCACUCAGGGCUCUGCUGUUAGACAAAAUAGCUCAUCUCCCACUAGUCUGUCUUUUGGGGACCACAUGAUGCAUCCAAAGCAACUAGCAGUCAAAUUUGUUCAGACUGACCUUACAGUGUUGAAACUGGCUGCCCUUGAAAGCACUAAGAACCUUGACCUUGAGAAAAAAGAGGGCAGAAUAGACGAUUUAUUAAGGGCAAACUGCGAUCUCAGGAGACAGGUAGAUGAACAACAAAAAUUACUUGAAAAGUACAAGGAACGCUUGAAUAAAUGCAUCACCAUGAGCAAGAAGUUGCUCAUAGAAAAGAGCACUCAAGAGAAGCAGUCGUGUCGAGAGAAGAGCAUGCAGGAUCGACUACGUUUAGGCCAUUUCACCACAGUGAGACAUGGUGCCUCGUUCACAGAACAAUGGACAGAUGGUUAUGCCUUCCAAAACCUUGUGAAGCAGCAAGAGUGUAUAAACCAACAGAGAGAGGACAUCGAGAGGCAAAGAAAACUUCUUGCCAAGAGGAAACCUCCAUCCUCCAGCAACUCCCAAGCACCAACCACAAACUCGGAGCCAAAGCAACGCAAAACCAAGGCAGUGAACGGAGCAGAAAAUGAUCCCUUUCUAAAACCCAGCCUACCUCAGCUGCUGACACUAGCAGAGUACCAUGAACAGGAAGAGAUCUUCAAACUGCGACUCGGACAUCUUAAGAAGGAAGAAGCUGAGAUCCAGGCGGAGCUUGAGCGUCUGGAGAGAGUGCGCAACCUUCACAUUCGGGAGCUGAAGAGAAUAAACAACGAAGACAGCUCACAAUUCAAAGAUCAUCCAACGUUGAAUGAACGAUAUUUACUUCUGUACCUGUUAGGGAGAGGAGGCUUUAGUGAAGUUUACAAGGCUUUUGACUUGAUUGAGCAACGAUAUGCUGCUGUGAAAAUCCAUCAACUUAACAAGAACUGGAGAGAAGAGAAAAAGGAGAACUAUCACAAGCACGCAUGUCGGGAGUACAGAAUACACAAGGAGCUGGACCAUCCCCGGAUCGUGAAACUUUUCGACUACUUCUCACUGGACACAGACACAUUUUGCACCGUUAUGGAGUACUGCGAUGGCAACGACCUGGAUUUCUACUUGAAGCAGCAUAAGCUAAUGUCAGAGAAGGAGGCACGGUCCAUAGUAAUGCAGAUUGUGAAUGCACUAAAAUACCUGAAUGACAUCAAACCCCCAAUCAUUCACUAUGACCUUAAGCCAGGUAACAUCUUGUUGGUGGAUGGCACGGCCUGUGGAGAAAUCAAAAUCACAGACUUUGGUUUGUCCAAAAUCAUGGAUGAUGACAACUAUGGUGUGGACGGCAUGGACCUGACAUCACAGGGUGCAGGCACCUAUUGGUACUUGCCUCCUGAAUGCUUUGUGGUGGGUAAAGAGCCUCCAAAGAUUUCCAACAAGGUGGAUGUUUGGUCUGUGGGCGUUAUCUUUUUCCAGUGUCUGUAUGGAAGAAAGCCUUUUGGCCACAACCAGUCACAACAAGACAUCCUGCAGGAGAACACCAUACUCAAAGCUACAGACAUCCAGUUCCCUGUCAAGCCUGUUUCCAGCAAUGAAGCUAAGGCCUUCAUUAGGCGGUGCCUGGCGUACAGGAAGGAGGACCGCAUAGACGUCUAUCAGCUCGGAAGCGACCCCUACCUUCUCCCUCACAUGCGGAGGUCGAGCUCCUCUGGAAACCUUCAGAUGAGCGCUGGCAACUCCGGACCAGCCUCCUCCAGCAUCAUCUCAUACUGACGCCAUCGAACUGUGACAGAAAGGCAUACUGACCAAGUUGCUCCUACGCCCGCAGCGCUCCGCUCGUGGGAUAGGCAACAGCCAGAAAGGAGGGAGGAGCAGGACACAGGUGGGGAGAUAUCACCUGACACCCUCUGACCCGUGCCAGGCUUCUUCUUCCCAACCUGGACUUAAUAAAUGAAGGGACAGUGAAGGGAUGUUUUUUAAAAAGGACAUGGGUAACAGGAUCUUUUGACGGUCCGACGAAAGCACUGAAACUGACAACGUACCUUGAAGAAAAAGUGACUGUGCGCUCUGUUCAGAUGUUGCAGAUGGAUAAAGCCUUAAAGAGCCGAAGGGAAACUUGGCAGCCCGCCGUUAAGAUUAAAUAACAUGGUCCUGCCAGGGUGCAAAUGAUUCCGCUGCUAGAAGUUAAUAUACUGUGAGGAGAGGACAGUCAUUGUUAAGUAGAACUACAAAGGUUUCACUGUUGAUUUGGCUAAAAUGUUUUUGUUUUGUUUUUUCCACAAAUAUUAGGCUUUAAUUUGAGUUACCUAGCCAUGGGAAUGUAAUGUUGUAGCAUACAGGUGGCAUCUAGUGACAUGUAGGUCGGGGCAGCGUACUUAACUUUUAAUGCACAAAGUAACCAAAUGUAGAAAAAAAUUACAAUGUAUAAAAUCCUAUGCAGGAAUAUUAACAGGUAGAUUGGAAGCUGUUUAUGCUGUACAGGUGAAUUCUCGAGUUUUGAGCUGCAGCAGUAACGUGUACAAAGACUUAAAAACAAAACAAAAAUCUCCCCGAUGUAAAACUAGUUACCUGGAGUGGUUUCAUUUUGCUGCUUUGUUGCUCUUACUUUUUCAAGGGCUCUAUGUUCCACUUCGGGUAUAAAUUGUACAGUUCUGCUAAGAGUGAAUAAUAAAUGCCAGGAAACCUUUCUCCCAUUGAA